UCUAGUCCCAACUAGUGGGCACUAAGUAAUCCAAACCAUUGGAAUCUUAUUACGUAAGAUGAUCUUAACGUAUUUUUGAAUAAAAAAAUAGGUAAUUUAAUUAAAAAUGCACGAUGUAUUUAAUAUUCAAGCUAGGAUCUUUGAAUCCGAGAAAAUAUUUUAUUAUGGCCCACCCAUGAUGGGAUGCAACAGACCAAUGGUCUUGAUUAUCGAACCAUACGGCCCCUUUUUAAGACUUCAAAACAUCAAGCGCACGUGAAAAGAGGAUCCUAUGAUUCCUCCCUUUCACUUAUCUGUCCACCUAUCCAUCUGUUUAUAUAUCCAAGAACCCAAUGGACUAGGAAUAUAUUCACUCUCCAUUCUUCACAAAAUAUCUUCUAAGAGAAUAUGGUUAGUUGAAAAGAAAUGAUUCAUUUGCUACUCGAGCCUGAAACUAAAGGAGUUGGAAUAUAUUCACCCACCAUUCCACAAAAAGAAAUCUUGUAAGGGAAUAUGAUUAGGAGAAAAGAAGAAAUGGUUCAUUAACUACUCGAGACUGAAAUCGAAUCACACGAAGAAAUGGAAGAAGGUAACUUAUUUGACAGGGUGAAGGACGAAUCCAAGAAGCUAUGGCGGAUUGCGGGCCCUGCUAUUUUCAGUAGGCUCACCAUAUACUCUGCCAACCUAGUAACGGUUGCAUUUUGCGGUCAUAUUGGCAACGUAGAGCUUGCUGCCAUGUCCAUAGCCAAUAACAUCCUCCUAGGAUUCAACUUCGGUCUUUUGCUAGGCAUGGCAAGCGCACUGGAGACUCUCUGCGGCCAGGCAUUCGGGGCCCGCCAAUACUCCAUGUUGGGCAUCUACUUGCAGCGAUCAUGGAUUGUUCUCUUCCUCUGUGGACUUCUCUUGCUGCCAACCUAUAUCUUUGCAACACCGAUACUCAAACUGGUAGGUAUGAAGGACGAGAUUGCGACGAUGACGGGGGCCGUUGCUAUCUGGGUCAUUCCACUGCACUUCACCUAUGCCUUUCAGCUACCUGUAUAUAAAUUCCUCCAAUGCCAGUUGAAGAAUGUGGUCACAGCAUGGGUCGGUGGAUUUGUGCUGGCUAUCCAUGUGUUCGUAAGCUGGCUGUUUGUAUAUAAACUCAAUCUUGGACUGUUUGCAGCAACGAUGAUGUUGAACUUCUCAUGGUGCCUGAAUGCGGUGCUGAUAUUUACGUAUGCGGCAUGUGGAGGCUGUCCUCUCUCGUGGGGUGGAUUCUCAUGGGGGGCCUUCUCUGGCCUGUGGGAGUUUACCAAGCUAUCAGCCGCUUCUGGCGUCAUGUUAUGCUUGGAGAACUGGUAUUAUAGAGUGUCGAUCCUGCUGGCCAGUUAUAUGAAGAACGCUGAGAUUGCAGUGGACGCCCUUUCAAUAUGCAUGAACAUCAAUGGGUGGCAAUUGAUGAUUCCUUUGGCAUUCUUCACAUCUACUGCAGUGAGGGUAGCUAAUGAACUUGGAGCGGGCAAUGGGAAAGCAGCCAAGUUUGCGACGAUCGUUGCUGUGGUAACUUCGAUGGUGAUAGGAGCAAUCUUCUCUGCUCUAAUACUAGGCUUCCAUGAUAAGUUUGCUCUCAUCUUCACCUCAAGCGACGUCGUUCUCAAAGCCGUCGACAAAUUGUCCAUCUUGCUCACCUUCAGCAUUCUCCUUAACAGCGUGCAACCUAUUCUCUCUGGUGUUGCGGUCGGUUCGGGGUGGCAAGCAUACGUUGCAUACAUAAAUAUUGGAUGCUACUACUUCAUUGGACUUCCGGCGGGUAUUCUAUUGGCAAUCUUAUUCAAUUUCGGAGUUGAGGGUAUAUGGAGUGGUAUGAUCGGUGGGACUCUCAUCCAAACGUUGAUAUUAGUCAUCAUCACAAUCCGGUGUAAUUGGGAUAUGGAGGCUGAAAAGGCUAGGAUUCGCCUUGAUAAAUAUGGGGGCCGCAAUGUGUUAGAAGCAUCGGACGGCAGUAAAGACUCUACGGUGUCUUAAAUGUAAUCUAAAUAGUAGAAUAAACGGAUUAUUUAUACACUCAUAAUAGAG